AUGGAUGGUCUUGCAAUCAUUGAUGAUCAUAAUGUCAAUGAAGUUGAUAACCAUGUGUUUCAUAGUUCAUUUUUGCCUAAGGCCAAGACAGAAAGUAAAGGACAUAGGAGGUCUUUAACAACUGGAUCUGGAUUGGUUGCCAUGUAUGCUUUACAUCAUGGUGCAAGGAUUGCUACUAGUUUGGACGGUCUUAAUGCUGCUAUCAGUUUACAUCGCCUUAAUGCUGGUGGUGGUUUAAGUAGUCUCGAUGCAACUACUGCUAGUUCACAUCACCUUAAAGCUGGUGGUGGUUUAGGCAGUCUCAGUGUAGCUGCUGCUAGUUCACAUCGCCUCAAUGCUGGUACUGGUCUUGAUGUUGGUGGUGGGCAAGGAGGGCUUGGUGGAGGUGGUGUUGGAAAUGUUGUUGCAAGUGAAAACGAUGGUGGUGUUAACAUUGGUGCUAUUAGUGGUGGUGGUGUUAGAGCUAGUUUUAGAGGUAAAACAGGGGGAAGAGGGAUUGGUGGAGGUGCUAAUGAUGCUACUAUUGGUACAAGUGGUGGUGGAGUUGGAGAUGCUGGCAAAGAUGGAGAAAAAGGUUUUGAUGGAAGUGCUAGAGAAUGA